AUGGCGCAUGCAGAUGUCCAGGAAUACCAGGGCAUCAUUGAGACAUGGAUCGCAAGCUUUCCACCCCCCUUCAACGUCCAACAUCCGGACACAUCUUCGGAUGGUUUAUAUCCCUGGGUGCCUAUCCGUGGUUUCCUUACAAGACCCUUUGCUAUACGAUCCUUAGAGGCAGAGCUGCAAAUACGCAGCGAUGGCAUCAACUAUUGUCUAGAACUGAUGGCAUCUUUGCGUAGAUUCUUCAAAUAUGUCUACCCCCGAGAUGCGAAGUUCCAUUUUGUUCUCUUUUGUAUUUUCGACAUCUCGACAGUCUUGUGCUCAGCAGUUCUUCAUGAUGAGCAUCAUACACUUCCUCGACGAGACGAUGUUUACAAAGCCAUAGAUGGGGCGCAUGCUAUGUUGCAGGAUCUUAGAAUGGUGACUAAAUCAGCCAAGGCAUCAUACGGUAUCCUCACUCGAAUCGUUCAGCGUCUCCCACGGGUAACAGCAACAACGCAUAGCAUGGCUAGCAGAAGCCCAGUACCCUCGAGACCCCAAGCGCUCCCAGAAGCCGCUGCAUCGCCACAAACACUAUCGCCAGGCAGCGCAUCAAACUCCCAAAAUUCUCCUCCAGCGGCAGCUUUCUCUCCUUCUCCUGCCAUUAUUCCUACGCCAGGGGCCGUGUCUCCAAUAUAUACCUUGGGAGGUGUUCCUGUCGUGGGUGAUGAUUUUGUGCCUCCCAUUGCAUACGCUGCUAGUGCACCAUGUUCUGACUGGCAGUCACAAUUGUACAUGCAAAAUCCAACAGGUUUCAUGCCCACUGGUGUGCCCGCUGAGGGUCCUGUGUUCGCAAACAUCUCAGACGAGGAGCUGGGAGAAUUGGCCAAUUUAUGGAAUUACCAGUCUCUUGACUUCAGUUUCAUGAGCACAUAG